AAGCCUCACAGCAGCCCGAACCCAAAAGCACCGAAAGUCCCAAAACGCCGGAGAGAUCCCAGGCGCCCACGGUGAGCUCUCCUCUCACUCUCGGCCAAGUCAAAUCCCCGAAGCGCACGAGGAGGCAGCCGCAAAAAUGGCAGCGGCUGCGCUUCGUUCGGCGAUCCUUCGCCGCAUCCGCCUCCCCCCUUCACCGCCUCUCGCUGCUAAUGCUGCUGCCGCGGCGGCGUCCCACUCGCACGCCCUGCCGCGGUGGCUCGCGCGGCCCAUGUCCUCCCAUGACGCCCACCUCACCCGCGACGAGGUCGUCGACCGCGUCGUCGACGUCCUCAAGAGCCACCCCAAGGUCGACCCCUCCAAGGUGACCCCGGAGGCGCACUUCGAGAAGGAUCUGGGGCUGGAUAGCCUGGACACCGUCGAGGUGGUGAUGGCGAUCGAGGAGGAGUUCAAGCUGGAGAUCCCCGACAUGGAGGCCGACAAGAUCGACUCUCUCCCGCUCGCCAUUGAGUACGUCGCCAACCACCCCAUGGCCGGCUGAGGUCUCGCCGGAGGUGAGGCUUCUCUUGGUUUUUGUUUCCAACGGCGAAUAAUUGGCUGGAUUGGCUCAGGAAAACUGGUACCUGAUGCUCCGCACUGUGUUGCAGCGGACAAUGGUGUUUAAAUGGAACAUUAACGUUUUGUUCUUGUGACGGUGCAAUGUUAGAUUCUUGUUCUUGUGUUUGUUA